CGCUGCAUAAAAAAUGUAUUCUCAAUAACAAGUCAAAAACGGGUUUAGUGUGGAGAAAGCAUUUAGUUUCCCUCAUUCUCUCUAUACCAUCAUGGAACAUGAUGCUGCUGCUACUCCUGCUGCUAAUGAAGAUAGAGACAGCAAGUUCAUAAUAAAAUCUGUUAAAGAAGCAUAUGAAGCUGUUGAAUCUGGUGAUGGAUACCCAUAUGGUGCAUUGAUUGUUCGAAAUGACGAAGUUAUUGUAAGCUGUCAUAACAUGUUUUUAAGAAACAAAGAGCCAACUGCUCAUGCUGAGAUCAUUGCUAUAAGAGAGGCUUGUAAAAAGCUGGAUAAAGUUUCACUUGCUGGCUGUGAACUCUAUACUUCUUGUGAACCUUGUCCAAUGUGCUUUGGUGCUAUUCAUUUUUCAAAAGUCAAGAGAAUGGUUUAUGGAGCCACAGCAGAAGCUGCAAGAUCAAUUGGAUUUAGUAAUUAUAUUGGCAAGGGCACUGAUUUUCAUAAGUUCGAGAUAAAAAAGAUAGAUGGUAUUGCUGCUGAAAUUGCAGAAGAAGUUUUUGAGAAGACAAAGGACAAGGUAAAGGCUAAUCUUAAACGAUCUCGUUAACCAUCAUGGUAAAAGAGUACACAAGUUACACUUGUUCAGGAAAUUCAAUUUCUUAUCAGAAAGAACUAUUUAAUUUGUUCUAGUCUAUUAAAUCUUCUGCUUGGGUGUAAUAAUAAUAGUUGAACUCGUGAAAUAUUAGCAGCAUAACAAUUAUGUGUGCCUCGUUAUUAAUAUGUUUGGUCGCGGUAAUUGUGGACUCCUUGGAGAACCGACGACUGCAAUAAAGAUGCACUUACUAUUGUUAGUACUAAUGUUUUCUUGUUGGGUAUUAAUAUUAUAUGCUUGACUUGAGGCAUUACAAAAAUGAUCAUUGAUGCUUGACUUGUGUGUUUA